GAAGGCAGCAUGUGUACGAAGCACGAUACACAGCUGGAGCUGUUCUGUAAGACCGACCAGAUGUGUGUCUGCAUGCUCUGCACUGUUUUAGACCACAAGACACAUGAUGUUGUUCCUCUGAAGGAAGAAUCUGAAGGAAAUAAGGCCGAGCUGGAGAAGACAGAGGCUGACAUUCAGCAGAUGAUCCAGAAGAGACAAGUGAAGAUUCAGGAGAUGAAACGCUCAGUGGAGCUCAGUAAGGAAGAUGCAGACAGAGAGAUAGCAGGUGGUGUUCAGGUCUUCACCGCUCUGAAGGAGUCUGUUGAGAGAAGCCAGGCUGAGCUCAUCCACACAGUCAAAGAGAAGCAGAGAGAGACAGAGAAACAGGCUGAAGGCUUCAUCAGAGAGCUGGAACAGGAAGUCUCUGAGCUGAAGAAGAGAAGCACUGAGGUGGAGCAGCUCUCAAUGUCUGAAGAUCAUCUCCACGUCAUACAAAGCUUCAUGUUCCUGAAAGCUGCUCCACCCACCAAGGACUGGACAGUAGUCAGCAUCUGUCUACCUUCAUAUGAGGGGACUGUGAGGAGAGCUGUGAAUCAGCUGGAGGAGACGCUCAGUGAACAGAUGAAGAAGCUGCUCGAGCUGAAGAGGGUCCAGCAGUCUGCAGUGGAUAUGACACUCGACCCUGAUACAGCACAUCCUGAACUCAUCGUGUCUGAUGAUGGAAAACAGGUUAAAGAUGGUGAUGUGAGCAAGAGACUCCCAGACAAUCCAGAGAGAUUUAAUCCUUGUGUUUAUGUUUUAGCAAAGCAGAGUUUCUCUUCAGGAAGAUUUUAUUACGAGGUUCAGGUUAAAGAGAAGACUAAGUGGAGGUUAGGAGUGGCCAGAGAGUCCAUCAACAGGAAGGGAGACAUCACACUGUCUCCUCAGAAAGGUUACUGGACGAUAUGUUUGAGGAAUGUAAAUAAGUACUAUGCUCUUGCUGACCCUGAAGUCACUCUCUCUCUGAAGUCUGAGCCUGAGAAGGUGGGGGUGUUUGUGGAUUAUGAGGAGGGUCUGGUCUCCUUUUAUGAUGUUGAUGCUGCAGCUCUGAUCUACUCCUUUACUGGCUGCACAUUCACUGAGAAACUCUACCCAUACUUCAGUCCUUAUCUUAAUGAUGGUGGUAAAAACUCUGCCCCCCUGAUCAUCUCUCCUGUCAAUCACACUGAGUAGAAUCAACAUGUGAUGUUCUACAGAAAGAUUCACUAUCAUUCAAUGUAAUAAAAGGACAUUUAUUG